GAGAGCAGCAAGGGGUUUCAGGCGCCACAGUUGGCUAUGGCUCAAGGCUCUGACAGUAAUGACACAAGUUACCAUAAGUCCCCAUCGCCGAGCAGCAGGCUGGCUUCCACAGAUGAUGCAAAGAAGGUGAUGCGGAGGGAGAAGAACCGGAUUGCAGCUCAGAAAAGCAGGAUGAGACAGACUCAGAGGGCCGACAGUCUGCAUUUGGAGAGCGAGGCCCUGGAGAAAGAGAACGCUGCCCUAAGGAAGGAGGUGAAGCGGUUAACAGAGGAGGCCAAGUAUCUCUCCUCUGUGCUGAGCAGCCAUGAACCUUUGUGCACUGGCCUAGCACCACAGACGCCAGACCUCCUCUAUCCUCCACAUCACAGCAACUAUCACCACCAGCACAUCGCUGUUCCACACUACCAGCACUGACCUGACCCAAUGCUGAGGUGGCCGUAAGACAUGCUGCGAAAGAUGACUGACCUCAAUGCAGAGUAAAUGGACUUGGAAAGGGGAUAUGGGGGGUGGGGGUGAUAUGCAUUGCCCAUAGAUUUUAGCCUGUAGACAGUUUCCCCACAUGACCGUUUACAUUUUUGUCAGAGUGGGGAAUAUCCAUAAAGAAUUGUAUGUUGGGCCAGUAAACCCCACCUCGCUCCAGAGAGCGACAGGGUU